AUGUCUGAGGGCACUGAAUACAACAUCAAGUCAUACGACGAAAAAUACAGCGUACGAGUCGUAGAUGUGGACACAUUACGCCCCUCAGUGCACACUCCGCCCACUAUGGAUUGGCCUGGGCACACGUUGCCCGUUGGCUGGUGGCAUGAGGCAAAGCGCAUAGCGACAGAAUUGGACGAUAUGGGUGUACAAUUCUCACACUAUAGGGAUCCGACAGCUUUUGGCGGUACUGCUUACUUGAAUGAAGGAGACAUCCCUUCUUUGCUUGUAGAAGGGCUGAAUGCUGACAUCAAAGUUAUCGAUGUGAGCGCCUAUCUCAGUUAA